AUGAGAGCCAAGCGCCUCUUCCCGUCGGAUCGGUUGGUCCACCGUGCGGUGGACUUGGUGUUGAGCUUUGCAGUGCCACGCUCCGCUGCGUGCAUCGGGGCCUUGAUGGAUGCUGCUACCAAGGAUGAGAUGGUGCAACGGAGUGGCAUUUGCAGCCUCGGCCACCUGGCCAAGCAUGGAGGAGUUGCAUGGCGUGGUGCGACAAACACAGCGGUGAAUCGAAUCCUUCGGGCUUUGCAACAGCACAAAGGCAGUGCUGCCCUGCAGGCGUCCGGGCUGUGGGCCCUGGGUCGCCUGGCAGAACGUUUGGAGGCGCCAGGCGGUGGAAUGCAGGAUGCAGCACAACGUGCCAAGCAGUUGCACCCCGACUCGGCUUUGGUGCAACGACAUGCUGAUGAACUCAUUGCCUUUCUCCUGAGGCCUUAG